AUGGAAACAACCACACCUCGCACCUGGGACCCGCAUGCGCCCUCUCUCCUCUGGGCCCACGAGAUCCGCCGCGAGAACGUCCACCUGGUCAACCAGCUCGAAGAUCUGCGAAAGCAUCUGGAUGAACUGCAAGGUCGGAUACGGGAUACUGAAACACGGUUUGGCGAUACUCAUACCAGGCUGAGAGAGAUCGAGGAUAUGAUCGAGGGGAAGCUGGGAGGGAUCUCCGAGCGCGUGGAAGCGUUAGUGGAGGAGCAUGUUCUGUUGAAAGGGCGGCUGGGGGGUUGGGAAGAGGAGAGUAAGACGCGGGAUGGGGAGUUGUGCCAGCUGAAGGAAUCUAUACGGAGCCUAGUUGUCGAGGAAGUUCGGGCUUGCUUUGCUAGGGAACGGGGCGUACUAGGAGGGGAGAAGCAUGGUGGUGUUGAUGCGGUGGGUGGCAACCAGGCAUCACCAGAUCCCGAUAUGGUCCCUGAUUCAAUGCGCAACGUCGAGUCCGCUACAGAUCCCCUUCAGAAGAACUCCUUGCGGUCAUUGACUGAGACUACCUGGGGAUCAUCGAAUCAGUCGCAGAAGUCUUCAAACCGGAGCUUCGAUUGUGGGGCGUAUACCUUCGAGCUGGAUGCGAAUCAGCAUCCACAGAUCAAACAAGAGGGGAGGGAUCUCGGCGAGUAUCUCUCGCAUGCUGAGGAAGUGCGCGCGCAGCUGCCCCCGCGGAAGAGGGAGGGCCGGAUUGUUGAGAGAUUCGUGCGAGGACUUGACGACCCGGGGACACGGUGUUUCUUAGAAGGCCAGAUGGAUAGGACCGGAUGGUCGUGGGAUGCCUUGGCCACGAUAGUGCAUGAGAUUGAGAAGCAACGCGUGCAGACGCUGGUACUGCAGCAGCAGGUUAAGCUGGAGACCGGAAGGGACGGAGGAACUGUGCAAGCUGUGGCUGAUGGUACAGCGCUCAAAAAGGGUAAGAGGCAAAGGAGGUUCAUCCCAAUCGUACCGGUAGACGAAGAGGAUCUGGUAUAA